UCACAAGACCCAACAGCAGGAGAGAGACGAAGGAGAGAAAGAAAAAGCAGCGCGAGAGAGAUAAAAGGAAAAGAUAGAGAGAGAGAGAAAAGGGUGGAUGUUCUUGGAUAUUCACCCUUUUCUGAAUCAAGUUUUGAUUUCUUUGAAGAAGAAAGAAGAAGAAGAAGGAGGAGGCUGAUGAACAAAAGCCGCCUUCUCCAUUUGCUCAAGAGUCCGCUUUUGCUAGAAAAUUUGUUAUUGUUCAUAUGUAUUAUUAGAUAAAAACCCGUUUUCAAUUGUUUCUUUUUUUGUAUUAAGUUUUCAACAUGUUUAGAUUAUGGAUAACAUCCCUCCAACUAUGCGAGGUUUUCGUGAGCUCCAUUGUUCAUCUGAUUUACGCGUUUUACAUAUUCAGCACUGCCUUAGCCGGCGAUCUCUCUCAGGCACUCAAUGACUGGUUUUUCAAACCUAAUUUUAAUCUUGGUUUCAAAGAUGAAAACAAGAUUUCCACUGUCGCCCACGAUUUGCCCCCUAUAGUUCUCAUCCAUGGAAUCUUUGGUUUCGGAAAAGGGAGAUUAGGAGGAUUGUCGUAUUUUGCUGGUGCCGAGAAGAAGGAUGACAGAGUAUUCGUCCCUGAUUUGGGUUCAUUGACUAGCAUCCACGACAGGUCACGUGAAUUGUUCUAUUAUUUAAAGGGUGGUCGGGUUGAUUAUGGUGAAGAACAUAGCAAAGCUUGCGGGCAUUCUCAGUAUGGAAGAAUCUAUGAGAAGGGUCAUUACCCUGAAUGGGACGACGAUCAUCCCAUUCAUUUUGUCGGCCAUUCCACUGGAGCGCAGGUCGUUCGCCUCUUGCAGCAAAUGCUAGCUGAUAAGGCGUUCGAAGGCCAUGAGAACACAUCUGAGAAUUGGGUUUUGAGUAUAACUUCGUUAUCUGGUGCUUUCAAUGGAACUACAAGAACAUACUUGGAUGGAAUGCAGGCAGAAGAUGGGAUGUCAAUUAAACCGAUGACCCUGCUUCAGAUUUGCCGGUUAGGAGUGUUGGUAUAUGAUUGGCUAGACAUCCCAUACUUGAAAGACUACUACAAUUUCGGAUUCAAUCACUUCAACAUUUCGUGGAAGAAAGUGGGAAUUCGUGGGCUUUACGAUUUAGUGAUGGGAAACACAGGUCCAUUUGCAUCAGGGGAUUGGAUUCUUCCUGAUCUCACCAUUCAAGGUUCCAUGAUUCUCAACAGCCGUAUCAAUACAUUCCCAAAUACUUUCUAUUUCAGCUAUGCCACCAAACGAACCAUGAAGAUAAUGGGGAUCACCGUACCUUCUAGCAUCCUAGGAAUUCAUCCUCUUUUCUUCAUAAGGGUCCUGCAAAUGAGCCAAUGGAGACACCCACCCGAUGCCACUCCGCCUUACAAAGGCUAUAGGGAUGAGGAUUGGUGGGACAACGACGGAGCUCUAAACACCAUAUCAAUGACACACCCUCGGCUUCCAACUGAACAUCCUAACCAGCUUGUGGUGAAGGAUUCGGACUGCCAGCCAUUGCAACCGGGAAUAUGGUACUACAAGAUUGUGGAAGGGGAUCACAUUCUUUUCAUUGUGAACAGGGAAAGAGCGGGAAUUCAAUUCGAUCUGAUCUACGAUAGCAUAUUUGAGAGAUGCAGAAAACACGCAUUCAGAAAGACUCCCCCAACAUUACCUAACCACACUCUGUAAUUGUAGUAGCCAUCAUCAACUUUCUGUUGAAAGAAGAAGAAGAAGAAGAUUUAGGGGUAGAAAUGAAGAUAAAAAUCGUAGUCUGCUCACUUUUUCUUGUAAAAUUCUGUCACAUUCAGUUUGAUGUCGUGGCGACUCCUCUCCCAUAUUCUGGUGGAUGUCUGUCUGCCUGUCUGUUUCUAAACAAGAAUCAUAAUUAUAACCAA